UUGAUUGGAAAUGCCCGAGCAAUAAAACAGCAUUCUGCACAUGAUCGGUGACCGACCUCCAGAAACGCCCACUUUACGUCGUGGGAAUGAAACCCCUGGAAUUUAGGGAAUGCCGUUUGGGGAAGUGUGUUAUACUGAGCCCGCCUGGUCACCCCUUGUUAGGACUUUAGUAGGAACUGAUUUCGGGUGCGGCCAUGCGCAUGCGCAUACAAAAAGAAAAAAUACCACGAGAAAAUAAACACUAUGAUCACUGGUCAGUCUGUUGGAAAAAGAAAAAAUUAAAUGAUAUAAGAUGGUGCGUUUCAGGACGAGGUUAACAUGUUUUUGUCUGCUGCUUUUGUGUUUUGCCAGCAAUAAAGCCAUAAAGGUUAUUGGUCGGGAUGGGACUGUGACAACAGGAGAUGAUGCGCAGUUAUUCUGUGAAGCGAUCGAGACAACAGAGCCUCUAACAACUAUUAGGUGGCAAAGACGAACAAAGAAAAAGCCAACAAAUACAGAUUUUCUGGUUGUAACUUCUAGUGGCAAAGAAGAAUACAUAAACGGACUGAGGGAUCGAGUAAAAUUUGCAGGGAACUUGGCAGUACUGGACGGCUCAAUUCAUCUAAGUAAUGUUACUCUUUUAGAUGAAGGAAUCUACACCUGCAUCUUCAGCAUAUUUCCAAGUGGACCAUAUAAAACAGAAAUACGUCUCAGAGUACAAGUUCCUCCUGUUGUCACUGUGGGCACUAAUGUUCCUGCUGUUGCUGGAGACACUGAAGGGAUUUUAGCGACCUGCACUGCAGCCAAUGCAAAGCCUGCAGCAGAAGUGUUGUGGAGUCUGGGUGCUUUAAACAACACGGCGAAAGUACAAAAUACUGUCACUGUGGACUCUGAAGAUAGAUACACUGUUAAAAGCAACCUGAUUGGAACUGCAUCUAAAGAUCUAAACCAGAAGAAGGUUCAGUGUGUAGUCACACACCCUGGCCUAAAGCAGAAACUGGAACUGAGUUACACAUUGGAUAUUCACUAUCCUCCUCAGGUGGUUUUUAUUAGUUCAGCAGGUGAUGAAGGGGCAUUUAGGUGUGAAGCAGAUGCUAAUCCAAAACCUACCAGUUUCACCUGGAGCAGAUCUUUUCCAGUGAACGAGACCCUUUCCAGUGGUGUUAAUAGCAGUCUGAUUGUUCAGCUGACCACUGAUAGUAACGGACAUUACUAUUGUGUGGUGUCUAACCAAUACGGGGAAGCUGUUGGUUACUUAUACAUGUAUGAUAAAACAUCUACAGAAUCUAAAACCUGUUGGACUCUGUUCAUCCUGACCCUCAUUGCUGGGGUUUGCUGUUUUCUCUUUUGGAAAUUUGAAUUGUUUCAGCGUGUUAAUAAAAUACUGUGGUGUAAUAUUCGACAUCCUGUGUGUAGGGAAUCUUCAGACCACAAAGAGGAAUAUUGAUACAUCUAUGAAUCAAACCUCUCUACUGGGACCAUACCUUGUCGUGGUGGAGGGGCUUAUCCUCCUUCAAGUGAGGAGAAAACCAAAUGGUCCCACCACAGGAUUUGUAACAUAAAGGUCCAGUUUAUAAGGUUUGUUGACUAAUCUGCAGUCAUGACCAUGAUCCUUCAUCGGGACAAUAACCAGGUCUAAAAAAUUCCCUGUAGCGUGAGGAAGACACCAAGGCAUAUGAAACAAGACGACAUCACAAACAUAACUUUUUUUAACAUUUCUCAAGUGAUUACACCUGGAUGCUUAUUACAGAACCUUAUGUCAUCUCAUCCUACUGCAGAGCUGGGUGAAACCAAUUCUAGCAGAUGAGUGACUUUCUACAGACCAUAUAAACAGUGUUUUAGGCUCAUGCUAUCAAGUCUGUAAACCAGUGAAUCAGAGUUUGUGUAUUCAGCGAUAGAGGCUGUGAUGGAAUUAUUUACUAAGAAGCAGUUUGUGAAGUUCUGAACUUUUGUGAGCAGGACUAGAAGUUGGUUUUGACUAGAAAUUGUUAUUACUAGAGAUUGUUUGUAGAAAAUUAUUAGAGGGUCACAAUGAGCUGGAGACAAGUUGGCUCAUAAACACUAGGCAGACCUUGGUAAGGGUAAGAUUAUCCUGAUCAGGAUAAGGAUCCAUCUAGCCAAUGGUAGAUGUUUUCCUUUCUUCAGACUGUUUGAAUCAUGUUUGUAAAAACUCAGUGUAACAAAUUAUCAGGGCCCUCUCUCAUGCUACAGAAGGAGUGUUGGGUUCUGCUGCUUAGCAGCAGUACAAAUAAAUCGUGAACCUUUUUACUCUUGCUCAUGCCUACCAGUGUGAUACCGGUAGGCAUGGGGGGAAGUCAUGGCCUAAUGGUUAGAGAGUCUGACUCCUAUCCCCAAGGUUGUGGGUCGCAGUAUCAACAGUUCAUCGGUUCUCGGUCGCGUCCGAAACAAACAGUUCUCAGUUCGGGGUACUGAUUAUUCGCUGUACCAGUUCAUCGGUUCUCGGACGCGUCCGAAACCAUAGAUAUCAAAACACUAGAUGUCGCCUUGGGGUCCUAAAAAUGCGCCAAAACCGCCACCAUCUUUGUACGGUGCUCCUUUACCUCAAAUGCAUGGACGAUGCCGGACUUCUGUGCUACGUUUGGUUGUUAAAACGAAAGCAAUCUAAAAACCAGACAGCAAGGGAUUACAUUACACAAGUGAGAAUGUGUUUUAUGAUAUUGAAUGUUAGGAAAUUAUAUUUCUUGUAACGUUGAUUUGUUUUAAUCUUUGGUUAACGACCGCAGCU